CUCCGCCUCCGCCCGGGCUGAGUGGCUGGACGCUCACGAUCCGCUGUACGCGAGAGGGAGGCAUUGAGGUGUCCGGAAGUCCUGUGGAGGGCGGUGCCCUCAGAGCCCAGGCCGCCUGUUGUCGCCGAAGUGUUUCGUGUCCGCUCCCGUUGGUUUCCGCUGUACAAGACGCGUCAGCUCGCGCAAGGCUGCUGCGCCUGCGGCGCACGCCGUGCAUCCUCCCGGCUCAGCGGGCCGAGACUGCGGCGCCCCCCCGCCGGCGCGGCGGGUGACGUCACACAGGGACGUUCCAGCGCGUCUGCAUCCCACCUGCGAGUUGUUAAAAACCAUCGGUGGAGAAGGUUGAAAAGCGUUCUUCUCCUUCCCGCAGAAGCCCGUGCGCAGGGAGGAAGCCCGAAAUCCUUGUGGAGCCAAGAAACUAUGGACCCUGGAAAUGUCGACAUUGGAAAGUACUCAGAGAAUAUGCCAGUUGACACCAGCAUGUCUUCCUUCAGACAGUUUGAACCCCUUUGCAAAUUUCAUCAGACAGAAGCAUUUAAUAAUGAACUUGUAACAUUUCAAAAUCUGCCAGAAGGCUUACCUUGUAUAGAGGAGCCAGAAUUUCAAUGUCAUGUAUGUAAUUAUGCAGAAGACACCUAUAUACAGGAAGAUUCGUUUAAGGAAGAAAAUUCAAUGGGAACUAGCACUUCCACUAAUAAAGAUCAGCUUGUUCUUGAGUGUGUCAGACAACCCAGAAGCCCACCUCUGAUCCACUGCAAUGGAGAGACCCUGGAAUUCAUGGAAAUGUCGCUGGCUAAUAGUUCUGCCAUGGAAUCUGCCUGCGACGCUGGUCAGGCUCACAGCUUCUUAUGUGAAGAAAAUGAACACAGUGAUUUUGAACAACCAUCUUAUGAAGAGAAUAGCGUUAAUCUGCUCGAUGUGAGAGCUAAUUAUAAAACAGAGGAGAUUGCAGGUUCUUCAAAAGGAAUGGAGAAUUCUACUGAUAUUCCGGAGAUGUCAGUUAGGCAGCAAAAGGAAGUCGCAGUGGAGGUCAGAGAGUGUCCAGAGAUUGUCUCAGUUAGGUCUCCUGGAGGCACGUCUUGGAGUGGUGAGGCAUCGUGGGAGAACUGCAUGAUGUCCAACACAGAGCAGAGCUUGGAGAGCUCACCACCUCUAGAAGAGGAGGACAUGGCUUUAAAUGAAGCCCUGCGGAAAUUAAGACGUACUAACAAAGAACAGCAUGCUCUGAUCCAGGACCUCCGGCGUGGCAACAUGUAUUUAGAGAAGAAGGUUGAAGAGCUACAGAUGAAGGCUGCGAACCAGCAAGUGUCUGUGGGCAUCGUCAAUAAGCUCAAGGAGGACGUCGAAAAAUUAAUUGAAGACAAAUACAGAGUCAUGCUAGAGCGGAUUGACACGGAGAAGACGUUGCAGAAUUUGCACGAGAUUUUAGCUAACACACAAAAACAUCUUCAGGAAUCGAGGAUUGAAAAGGAAACCUUACAGCUGGAGCUGAAGAAGACGAAGGGCAGUUAUGUCAGUCUACAGGAACGGUACCUGACUGAAAUACAGCAGAAAAACGAAGCUGCACAUCAGUGUAUGGCGAUGGACAGAGCCUUAAGCCAGAAGGAAGAAGAGGUAGAGAGGCUGCAGCUGCUCAAAGGAGACUUGGAAAAGGCCAUCAUUUCUGCACUGGGUUUGUUGAAAAGGGAAAAAGAGAACCGAGAACAAGAGUUCCUGUCUUUACAGGAGGAAUUUCAAAAACACGAAAAGGCAAACCUGGAUGAAAGACAGAAACUGAAAUCAGAACUUGAUAAAGUGGUUGCUCAAGUUCAGAAUUUGCAAUUCAUAUCCGACAGUGAAAAGGCUAAGAAUACAAAACUUCAGCAGCAGAUAAACGAAGUGAAAAAUGAAAAUGCAAAACUUCAGCAGCAGGUUGCCAGGAGCACAGAGCAAAAUUAUGACCCCAACAUUGAGGUGGCUCAGCUCACGGAGCACUUAGAAGAAAUAAUUGAGUCAGAUAUGGCAAAGGACCUUACCAAGCCCGAUGCCGAACAUUUCAAAGAGAGUGAGGAAGUUAGUGAUAUUAUGCUACAGAAAUUGAAGAGUUUUCAUCUUAAAAAGAACCUUUUAGAUAAAGAGCUACUGAAACACAAAGAGAGAAUCACAACUUUCAGAGAGUUAAUUGCUAAUGAAAAAUCAUUUCAAGAUCAGGUUACUGAGGUUACAGACGUUGAUUCAGGUGAAGCCAAGGACGUUGGAGAUGUGCCUGUCUCACUGGGAGCCAAACUGGACCAGUACCACAGUCUGAACAAAGAGCUCGACUUCUUGAUCGAAAAACUGGGAAAUCUCCUUGAGUCCAAAGAAGACUACUGCAACAGACUCACUGAGGAAAAUGACAAGUAUCAAAGACAUUUAGGCAACUUAAUAAAUAAGCUAAUUUUCUUCAAGGUUACAUCAUAUGAAGAAAUUAUCAAAUGUGCUGACCAAAGGCUUGUGAUAUUCCAUUCCCAGAUUGCACAUUUAGAAGAGAGAAAUAAACAUUUGGAAGAUUUAAUCAGAAGGCCCAGAGAGCAAGCCAGAAAACCCAGACCAAGAAGUCAUCUGAAGUCCAUGACUGUGGAGGGCGCGUGGGUCUCAGUGUCCCGGAGCCCUGGGAGCACAGACGCAGCCGCCCCGGACUGUGUGAGCAACCUCAGGGCGGGUUUCGCAGGAGUGAGGACACCUGAACCAGAUCUUUAACGCUGACUCCAUGUUCCCCAGCAUGCAGGAAUCCCUGGCCCAGAGAUCAAACCUGUUCCACAGCAGUGACCACGCCGGAUCCUUCAACCGCCAGGCCACUGGGGAACGCCUCCGUUUCUUACAUUGUAGUCCAGAAAUCACUGCCUUAUGUGCUCUGGCCCCAAAUUUCAUGUGUGUGCCUUUGCCCAGACUGUUUUCUUGUCCUCAGAUGCCUUUUCCUGCCCUAACAAACGAAAAUCUCUCCUCCGCUUCCACCACCAGUUCCUUGUAUUUAAAACGUGCAUUUUUCAAGGCCUAAUUGAAAUGUCCCCCUCCUCCUUCUCAGAGGGUCGUACCUGUCUCCUCCGCUUUAUCUACGACUUUCUAAGGGUUCUUAGCCCAGUCUUCCCUGAAUUACAGCUCGUGGGAUACAGCAAGCACAGUACAAAGAGCACUCGACAUGGGAUCAUAAGAUUUAGGUUCACGACGACUCCUUACCAGCUGUUGAGAGACCUCAGUUCACUGUCCCAGCAUUUGAAGAAGAUUAUAGACCUGUGCUGAUAUUGUAACAUUUGCCAUUAUGAAUAUAACCCUCAGGACAAGUACGUGAGAAA